UUUUGCCUUUAGUUUUAUGUGAACUCGAAAUAUAAAUCAUGUGUGACAUAGGGGAAAUAAUUGACUAUAUUAAGUCAUUGAAGAGAGGUUUUGACAAAGAUUUAUUUCAAAGUAAAAUUGACGAAUUAGGUUACAUUGUUGACUCUGUGGGUUUGGAUUAUGAUGAUUUUCACACACUAUUUAAAAUUUGGCUUAACUUAUCUAUACCUUUAACAAAAUGGACAAGUCUUGGGGCAUGCUUGAUACCUCCAGAUGCAGUGGAGGAAAAGACAGUGGAUUAUGCUAUUCAGUGGAUACUCAUAAAUUAUGGAAAUCAAAAUUCAUUUACCAAGACUGGAUUUCUCCUUGACUGGCUCACAGCUGCUAUGGAAUGUGACUGCAUCGAUAUGAAGGCCUUAGAUUUUGGAUAUGAGCUUUUCUACUCCAUGAUGACCUAUGAAACUCUGACUCCUCAAGCUGUUAAAUUAGUGUAUACAUUGACAAAGCCAUCAGAUGUGACGAGAAGAAGAGUUAUAGAAAUUCUUGAUUGUGCUAAGAAGAGGGAAAGUAAAAAGAACUUGUUCCGUCAACUGCAAAUUCUGCUUGGUUUGUUCAAAUCUUACAAGCCUGAGUGUGUCCCGGAAAAUGUACCGGCCAUCUGUGUACAUACAGCAUUUAAGAAAAUAAACAAAGAUUUACUUGGCAGGUUUAAAAGAACUCAGGAGCGGAGAAACCGACAAAGUAAAGAAAAACAACACUUGAUAUGGCUAAAUCCAAUUAACAUGGCUAGAGGUCGCAAUAAAAAAGUAGUACCACUGGUACCAAACAUGGAGUUCUUCAACAUUGGAUCUAAACAGUAUGAUCAAAAAGAACCGCAGAAGAAUUACUUGGAUUUUUCAGACCCGGCGUCGGUGGUGCAGCUGGCGGCUUGCGGGCGGGCGGCGCGGCCGGCGCGGCUGCGUGCGCUGCUGUGCGGGCCGGCGCUGCUGCUGGCCGCCGCCGCCGCCGACCAGCACGCCUUCCUCUCGCACGACCUGCGGCAUCUGCUCGACAACUGUUUCUUAGACGUAUCGCCCUACAGCUAUGCCGAGAAACAAGAUUUGCUACAAAGACUGGCCCUCUUACAAAGUACUUUAUUGCAAGGCAUCCCUGUCAUCACCAGAUUUUUGGCGCAGUUCUUACCUCUCUGGAAUGAGAGAGAUUAUUUUACAGAGAUCUUGCAGCUAGUGGAGUGGGUGAGCGUGGACAGUCCGGAUCACCUGGGCUACAUAGUGGGUCCCCUCAUUAAGAUAUAUCAUCGGGCUCAACCAUUGGAACAAUGCGCCAUACUCAAGAGCCUUACACAGAUGUACAUUAAUCUUGUAUACGCCAGCACGCGGCGUCGGCAAUACUUUAUGGCGGCUGACACGCCGAAAGAGAAUUACGGGGUCGUGUUGCCGAGGUUGGCGGCGGAGCUGGGGGAAAUGGGCGAAAAAGCCCUGCAGUACAACCCGGAUGAUAUGAGAGUAUUAUUCAGCAACAUAUGGUCAGUUGAGUGUCGUUCGCGCGCUCACCUACUGUACAACAUAGGGCUGGGACCAAUACCAGGAUUGUUGUCAUUGUCAUUGCCAUUGUUAGGAGUUUCGGCGGCUUUAAUCGAGAAGAUGGCUGCCCUGUUGGUUAUAUACAAAAAGAUCUUCACUCGCCUCAAAUCGACGAAUGCGAUCAGCGCGACUCACACGGAGCAGAUACAGAUACUGCACAGGUACUCGGUGGACCUCAGCUCGCUGUACACGGAGGAGUCGCUCAGGGGCCGCGGCAACGGCUUCGUGUUCGACAAACUACAUCCCCAGCUCGUCUCGAAACUGUACCAUCUGAUCCCCGAGCCGGAUACCAAGUUGAGCGUACGGAGUCACGUAGCCUUCGCUGCGUACACGUACGUCGCGCUGGGUGACGACGAGCGCGACGCCGACAACAAGGCGUGGUACCGCGCGUUUCUGGAACACGAAUUCUCGUAUUUGGCCAAGUUUUUCAAGAAAACCGUACCCGAGCUGAGAAUGUGAGGGUGCGUAACGCGCGCACGCACUGCGGGCGCGGACCUGACGUGCACGUUCUAAUUUUAGUUCUUCUGAAAAUGUAAUUUGCUAUUGUUAUUGACAUUCUAUAAUGUAUUAAAACUUAUAUUGUCUGUUCGUUGUCGUAAGCAACAAAUGAAUGAACUGAGUUUUCGAGAAUGUGGUGCGUGGGAAAGAGACAGCAAUAGUUUGAACUCGCAUGCUUGUAUCUUGUGUUUGUUAGUUUCUGUGUAGUCCUUCACGAAUUUUUUUUUUAACAGAACCGCCUGUACCUCAGUUCAUUGAGUACCAGAAUGCUCGUUUGUAAAAUAUUUAUAAUGUAGUUUUUUGUUUAGAUAAGGUUUUGUAAAAUAAGUUUCUUGUGACAACAGUUGAAAUUAUGAUUAAUAUCCUUUAUGUAUUUUUUUUAAUUAAUAAACAUAAA